AUGAGAAAUGCAACCGUGACAACCAAGAACCGUGAAGUCUCUAAAGACGUGGGGAUCCGCGUCCUCGGAACUGUACUCGAAUCCCUACCGGGCAACCUAUUUCAGGUGAAAUUAGAAGAGAACGACUACAAAGUUGUGGCAUAUCUCGCUGGCAAACUGAUGCAGCACAGAAUUUGGGUGCUUCCUGGCGAUCAGGUUACCGUGGAACUUUCUCCUUAUGACCUGACGCGUGGACGCAUUGUUUGGCGGAAUCCUGGCUCUUAG